GGAGGGGCAGAGGUGCAGAGGUAGGGAGGGAGGAAGGCGGAGUGAGGGGCUCAGACAUAGAGACACCCACCCGGGGACACUGAGAGGAGCUGAGAAGGAUCACAGACAGCGUCCCUGGGGAAGGACAUGGUCCCUCAGCUCAGGGUCAAGGGCAUGUGGGAGGGGGCAGCUCUCUACACAUCACACCUUCCCCUCCCCAGGAAUGUACAGGAAACCCUCCCUCUCCAUCCUGCCGGGCCCCUCAGUGCCCUGGGGAGCGAACGUGACCCUGCAGUGUGGAUCUGAGACCUGGUUUGACACCUUCCACCUGCACAGGGAGGGGUCUCUGGAUCCCCCCCAGCACCUUCCUGUGCAGAACAUGACUGCACCCUCUCAGGCCAACUUCAUCUUCAGUCCUGUGACCUCAGCCCACAGGGGCACCUACAGGUGCUAUGGUUCACGCAGUGCCUCCCCCUACCUGCCGUCACACCCCAGUGACCCCCUGGAGCUCCUGGGCUCAGACUACACAGUGGAGAAUCUCAUCCGGAUGGGCGUGGCUGGAUUGGUCCUGGUGGUCCUGGGGGUGCUGCUAAUCCAGGCUCGGAACAGCCCGGGAAGGAUCCAUGAUGCACCCAGGACUUAAUCACAAGGGAGAACAAUGCACCAUUCAGAGUGGGGCACCUUGGAGCACAUCUGAUGAUCCCAGGAUGUGAUGAAUGAGCAUCUGGACCCCAGUUGGGAAACUCUCUGCUGGGAAUGUCCAGGGGAGGAGAGGUGCAGACGAGGUUUGGGUGCAGGGGAGCACGUGCCCUGUUCCUGUGGAGGACGCCUCCCCCAUCAGACUGUGGUGCUCCCCCUCCCUGUCAUCCCUGACUCUCCUCCACUGCCCUCUGUUCUCCCCUAUGACGUGAGGGUCCGUCCCACACGGCUGGUUUGGAUUCACAUCUAUGCACCCUUCAUGCUGGAUCACAGUCAUACACACACAGUGUGGUGUCAUCAUAACACCGGGAUUCUUUAAGAAACGUAAAGAACACACUCCUUAAACAUAAAUAAAUAAAAGCCCUGCUACCUGCUACCUGUGCUUGUGGGUCCAGCCUACUGCAGGUCUCCCUUCCUCCUCCCUGUGUCACGUGGCUUCUUCCUUAUAUCCUUGGGACCUCUGUUCACCUAGAUUUCAGGCAGUUCUGAAUGAGGGUUGUCCUGUAGUUUAGCUGCAACUUUGCUGUGGGUGUGAGAGGAUCUAAAUGCGACAUCUACCUACUCUGCCACCUUGACCAGAAGUCUUAAUGUUUGAUAACAAACCAUCUUGAAUUUUUGCCACCAUUUUAUUUAAGUAAUG